GAACAUUUCCUACAACAGACAUGGCAGCCUGCAGUGAGUAGAGAUCAGCUGUUAAUAGUGAUUUUAUUGUAUCCGUCUGGACUUCACAAUGGUUGUUGAAAAUCCCUCCGACUCUGGCAUCAUCCUUCGUGUGAAAGGGCCGCUGGAGUUUAAAUGUGAGCUGGACAACACUGAUGCUCCACACGUAUAUAAACUAAUCUCCAGGACAUUUGAGAUUCUCCGCUCUCAGGUCAAAUCAGACUCCUGUGUUCUCACACUCUGUGACAGCCCUGUUAUUAUUUGGCCAAACAAGAAAUUUCAUGCAACACCAGAAGAAGUAACUACAAAUACAAUAUGUGAAGAUUUACAACAGUGGAUACAGACAGAUGAGCCAGAGAGCACUGGCAAGAGAUCUGCAAAAAAGAAAAACAAGAAGAGCUCAGCAGCAAGUGUAGUUAAGCUUCAACUGAUGACGGAGGUGACAAAGCCAGGACCACUCUCAGGCCUUGUCCUCUGCAGAAAAGUCCAGAAUUCACACUUUGUGUCUACGACUCUACCAAUGGAUUGUAUUGUCCGCGCAAGCUCCAGUGACACAGUCAAAGAUGUCUGUGACCGUCUGAUGGAGGAGUUAACUAAACAGCUGGAUGAAAUGGAGAAAGUGACCCUGCAACACAUAAAGGGGACCACAUUGCUAACCCCAGAGCCACUCCACUUUCUUCUUCCAGACCCAAAAGGACUGGUGACUGUGGUUUACCCAGCAGGAAUGCCCGACACCCAGCUAGAGGCAAAACGUCAGGAAUUGCAUCGGCACUUUGAGCUACCAGAUGACAGACCCUAUUUUAGAAGAGCCAAUGCUUACCACUUUCCCAAUGAGCCUUACAGAGAUGGUUAUCUCCGCAACCCUCAUCUUGUCCUUACACAUCCUUCACUGGAAGACGGCAAGGUGUAUUUGGUCCAGGGAAUCUACAGUUACCAUCACUACAUGCAGGACCGUAUGGAUGACAACGGCUGGGGCUGUGCUUAUCGCUCCCUACAGACCAUCUGCUCCUGGUUUCAGCAGCAAGGCUACGUAGAGCGAUGUGUGCCAUCCCACAAGGAGAUCCAGCAGGCUUUAGUGGAUGUUGGAGACAAACAGACAGCCUUUGUGGGGUCACGUCAGUGGAUUGGAUCCAUUGAGGUUCAGGCUGUUUUGAACCAGCUGCUUGGGGUCACCUCUAAGAUCAUGUUUGUGAGUCAGGGGUCUGAAUUGGCAUCCAAAGGCAGAGAACUGGCCAACCACUUCUUAACACAAGGAACUCCUAUCAUGAUUGGAGGAGGAGUUUUAGCUCACACUAUCCUCGGCGUGGCAUGGAGUGAGACCACCGGACAGAUCCGCUACCUUAUCCUAGAUCCACAUUACACAGGAGCAGAGGACUUACAGCUCAUCACAGAUAAGGGCUGGUGUGGCUGGAAAGGACCAGAGUUCUGGGAUCAAACUGCGUAUUAUAAUCUUUGUCUGCCGCAGAGGCCAAAGGUCAUCUGAGUUCCCACAGCCACUCAGAGGGACAUGGUUGGAAUUGGUUGAGCUUAUGCAAAACUUUGGACUGACACUCAAGUAAACAAAUUAUAAUUUGGGUAAUUUCUGUAAUGAUGUUGGGAUUUACCAGCAAGUCUUAAAUAAAUGAAUUAUUUACCUUUCA